AUAUAUAAUUUAGGUCAGGCGUUAUGCGAGGCGGCUCUCAGAGGUCCUGAUGCUGCUGUGUUAGCAUUAGCGUGUAGCGCGACGCGAGUCUCCUUCAUCUGAAGCUCGGCUCGGUUCUGCUGCUCAGGUUCGACCUGCAUUCUCAGAUAUAAUGGCUGUUCCUCCAGCAUACGCAGACCUCGGAAAGGCUGCGAAGGACGUCUUCAAUAAGGGCUACGGUUUUGGAAUGGUGAAGCUCGAUGUUAAAACCAAGUCUGCGAACGGAGUGGAGUUUAAAACAUGUGGCACGUCUAACAUGGACUCAAACAAGGUCAGCGGGAACCUGGAGACCAAGUAUAAAUGGGCCGAGUACGGAUUGACCUUCACGGAGAAGUGGAACACGGACAAUACGCUGGGCACAGAGAUCACCGUCGAGGACCAGAUCACCAAAGGACUGAAGCUGACCUUUGACACGACCUUCUCGCCUAACACUGGCAAGAAGAGUGGCAAGGUGAAGUCGGCCUAUAAGCGUGAGUUCGUGAACGUGGGCUGUGAUGUGGAUUUCGACUUUGCCGGUCCUGCCGUCCACGGAACGGCCGUGCUGGGAUACGAGGGCUGGCUCGCCGGCUACCAGAUGACCUUUGACAGCGCCAAGUCCAAAAUGACUCGUAGCAACUUUGCGAUCGGAUACAAGACCGGAGACUUCCAGCUGCAUACUAAUGUGAAUGAUGGGACGGAGUUUGGCGGCUCUAUUUAUCAGAAAGUGAGCGAUGACCUGGAGACGGCAGUGAAUCUGUCCUGGACCGCCGGAAACAGCAGCACACGCUUCGGCAUCGCCGCCAAGUACAUGCUGGACUCCAGCUCCUCCAUUAGUGCUAAAGUGAAUAAUUCCAGUCUGGUCGGGAUCGGCUACACUCAGACCCUCAGACCAGGAGUGAAGCUGACUCUUUCCGCCCUGGUCGAUGGAAAGAGCAUCAAUGCUGGAGGCCAUAAACUGGGUCUGGGGCUGGAGCUGGAGGCGUAGCGUCCGUAUCUCCGACUCAUGGGAACAUCGCGAAAGGGAAGAGUCUGACAUCUCCACACGCAGACGACCGUCUCUCGUUUAAACCGAGUGCUGAACCCAAACCCAAUCGUCGUCUCUUAUUUAUUUACAGCACUACCUUCAGUCAAUAUUUCUCUCCAAACCAGCGCUUUCACUCUGUAUGUGCUUCUGUACAGGCAUUUCUUCUGACGAAUAGUUCACCAAAAAUGUAAUUUAUUAUUUAUUCAAACUCAUGUUGUUGCAAACCUUUAUGCUGCAUUAUGAUAACUGGACAGCUCUUUUCUAUACAACAAUGUAGUGACCACGACUGUCAAGCUCUAAAAUAAGGAACACAAUAACAAUAAAAAGCAAUCUAAAGUAAUCCGUAUGAUUUGUGCACUAAAAGUCUUCUGAAACCACAUGAUGGCUUUGUGUGAGCAACAUAAUUAUACUUCGAAAAUGAUUUGACUUCCUGUCCUUUCCGGAGCUCGACAGACUCUUACUAACUUGUGUAGAAAAAGCUGCAUUUGUGUUUGGAUCAAAAGGAGGGUCAGUAAAUGGGAAGUCUAAUUUUGGCCUGACCUUUUCCUUCAAUGUUCUUUUGAAUGUAGAUGAUGAUUUGCACAUGCCGCUGCCGUUUAGUGACGUUCAGACGCUUCUGUUGGCUGUUGUGGUAGUUCUUCUCCCUGUAUUCAGGCUUUAUCGUGUUGAAACGGGUUCUCUAGUGAGAUGUUUGGAGAGCCGAAGCUGCUGUUGUCUCCACACAACCUCUCCAGAAACACUCACGCAGACGCUUGAGGCGACCGGAGCGUUUCCCCGCCGAACCGCACAAUCACACCCUUGUGUAUGUCAACCUUUGCAAUAAAGUCCUUAAACUGGAAA